AUGUGUCUAACCUUUCUUGCCCAACAGGGAGUCGCGAUAUCAGGUGCCGACUUUGGCUGUGAGAUUGAUGGAAGCUGUCCAACGGGAAAAGUCCAGCUGCCUCUCAGCUCACUGGGAGGCGGCGACGGCGAAGGCCAGAUGAACCACUUUGUCCAGAACGACAAGCUCAACAUGUUUCGACUUCCCGUCGGAUGGCAAUUCCUCGUUAACAACCAACUAGGCGGCCAACUCAACGCCGCCAACCUUGGCAAAUACGACCAGAUAAUGCAAAAGUGCCUCGCGACCGGCGCGCACUGCAUGCUCGACAUACACAACUUCGCCCGCUGGAAUGGCGGCAUCAUCGGUCAAGGCGGGCCGACAGACGACCAAUUCGUGUCUCUAUGGACGCAGCUCGCGACGAAGUACAAGGACAACGCCAACGUCGUCUUUGAAAUCAUGAACGAGCCGCACGACCUCGACGUCAAGCUCUGGGCGGCGACGUGCCAGAAAGUGGUGACCGCCAUCAGGGGCGCCGGCGCGACGUCGCAGAUGAUUCUGCUACCUGGGACAAACUUCAACUCGGCCGAGUUCCUUGUCAGCAGCGGGAGCGCGGAGGCGUUGGCCGCGAUCACGAACCCCGAUGGAACGACGGAUAAUCUGAUUAUUGAUGUGCACAAGUAUCUUGAUCAGGAUAACAGCGGCACGCAUAGGCCCUGCACGACGGACAAUGUCGAGAGUUUCAGGACGGUGGCUGAGUUCCUGAGGGCCAAGGGACGAAAGGGGCUGGUUAGCGAAACGGGCGCCUCGAGCGAUGCUUCGUGCUUCACAAGCUUCUGCGCCCAGAACACUUUCAUCAACCAGAACUCAGACGUCUUUAUCGGCCUCGUGGGCUGGGCGGCCGGCAGCUUCAGCACCGACUACGUCCUCAGCCUGACGCCCAAGAAGUCGGGCAACACAUACACCGACAACAACCUGAUGAAGCAGUGCGUCCUUGACACCUGGGCCAACACGGAGCAGAACGUCUCGACGCCUGCUACACCACCGGCAGCUUCAUCAUCAUCGUCAUCGGCGGGAGCAGCAGUAUCACAGCCCAUCGCAUCCUUGGUGCCGACGAAGCUUCCUGCUACUACCCGGUCCGCGUCGGCGGCUAUUUCAACACCUCCGAGCUCAGCUUCGAGCUCAGCUCCGACUUCGGCACCGCCACCUAGCAGCAGCGGCGGCGAUGAAGAGGGCAUCGCGCCCCCGACGACGAUUGUGAGCAUGCCGACCACGCUGCUGGUAGACCCUUCUACGCCGACACCACCGGCGGCAACCGGGGCUCGGAGCGGUAGGAACGGGACGACGACGACGACGAGCUCGUCUCCUCUUCCGACGGCGGCGGGGUCGAGGCUAGGAGGGCUUGAUAGUCUGCUGGGACUCGGUUUGGCAGUCGCCUUCUUCCUGUAG